AUGGAGUGGGACUCCCAUGAGGAAAUCAGGGCUAGGCUUCGAGAUGGGAAACAUUUGGUGGGGAACAAGGACACUACCAAGGAUGCCACUAUUUUCCAGUGUGUUUCCAACGUGGAUGUGUUACCCUCGAUGCUUCACCGGCUCUACGCUUGUGGGUUGAAAAUGCCUCAGAUCGACAAUCUCCAGGAACAAUGUCAUGAGGCCUACAGAAAAUCAUCUCGGAACCCUUGUGAGAAGACUGUUGAAGAUGAUGCGUGGGAGCUUCGCAAGAUGUGCAGGUUCAUCAAACGGAAAGCCCGACGAGGGGAAGACACCGACUUCCACGACCUGCUCUUGAUUGUGGAGCCCUUACUUGAGGACUCUGCAACGGAAGAUGAUGCUACGAACUCCUCGUAUGAUGACAGUUCUGAUGAUGAUGGUAAAGAGGGCAAUCCAUCUGGUGAUCCCGAACGUUUACAAGAGGUGGUGCCACCACAACCAGCUCUGUCACUCACCAGUGCUACCGCUACCCCUCAAGCCCCAUCUCCUGCACCAUCAGUUGCUUCAAUCGUGACUCCGCCUGCCAAGCAUACGGCCGUGGCCGCACUGACACCGCCCCCAGUGUCACCUCCCUCAGGCGAUGAUCAGUACAGCCACAUGAUGUAUAGGCGAGUCAAGAUCUUGGAGUCCAUUUUGGAGAAGAAAAAUGCUUUGUUGGCGAUCCAGAACAAGAUGAAAGCGCCCGAACCAGCCCAACCAGCUGUGAUUCCUGAGCCUGCUUCUCACACUGGAGGAGGAGCCAAGCUUGUGAGCCCCGAUGACCUGGAUACGCAGCCCUACUUGGAAUCUGCAGUGCCAUCACCGGGACCAACACCCCACAAAGUUCAAAGCUUUGAAGAUGUGGAGACGAAGAGGAGAAAGUAUCAGGGGAACCCAAAGUUACCUUCAACCGUGGAGUUGUGCCCUGAGACACCAAACCCUGCCCCAACUUCAUCACAUGAUUCCAAAGGUGACCAUGAUGCUUCCGAACCAGUCGAGAAGGCAACCCCUGCCCCCACUGUCGUGGUGACCCGCCGUGAUCAGCUAGCUUCCAAAGCGAGCAAGAAGGAGGAUGGGCGUGGGCGGGGCAGAGCUCCAGGUCGAGGUCGUGGACGUGGCAGGGGAAAGGGUGGCCGUGGAAAACGUGGGGUAGAAGCUGAACAUUCUUCGGGUGAGAGUGAGAAAGAAAUGGAAGAGGAUGAAUGUGAGAUGGGAGAAGGGGAUGGUGAACCAACAGCUCUUGAGGAGACCAGUAAGAAGCGUAAGAAGAACCAGCGUAGUGAUGCCAAGACUCCCAAGCCCAAGGUGCCCAAGGUGCCCAAGGUGCCCAAGGUGCCCAAGGUGCCCAAGAGUUCCCGUGCUUCAACUCCCAGAUCUGACGCUGAACCCAAGAAUGCUCCCAAGGCCUCCAGUUGUUCCAUGCCCAAAGCUGAGCAGAAACCCAAGCCUACACGUGCUUCAAGUUCCAAACCUGCUGCUUCCAAGUCUUCCCGUGCGUCCAGUUCCAAAGGUGAACCUCGUUCCAAGACCAAAGACCCCAAGCCUUCAGCUUCCAAGUCCAGGAACCCAAGCAAGAAGGCAAAGAUGAGUGUGGAGGAGGAGGAUGAACCACAGACCGUUGCUGCAGCUCCAGGAGUAUCAGAAUCAAGGGUGUCCAAAAGGCGGGUGUCCAAGCGCAAGAAUCGUCGCAUGGUGGCCGACAAUGAUGCCCCAGCCAAUGGGUCUGAUGAUUUUGAACAGAAAGUUGGCCAGAUUCGUGAUUUCGCUGCGGGCUUGGAUUACCACAAUUUGGAAUUUGAUGAUCUGAAAUUCUACACCAAAGAAGCCGUGACGGAAUGUUUUGAUUUCAAAUAUACACAGCUGACCAUUUACUGGAAAACCAGCCGAUGUGGUAUCAAAAUGUACAAGUCCGAUGGCAAGACCUGUGAUCCCUACUCUUUCACAUUCCCAUCAUCUUUGGGAACUUCCCUUUUGAGGAUGGUCGUUGCAGUGGCCACUGGUGCAUACAUGGCCCAAUCCAUCGAGCGCGAGGGGUACAAGUUGGGAUUUGACCGUGAGGAGCAUGCUAUGGAUCAGUUGCACGUGGCCUAUAAGGCGGCAGGGGCCGAAGCUCUCCGUCGUUUGACCCAGUUGGAUUAG